UUUAGUCAACUGCUAACGCUGACGUCGACUUCUGCAGCAAAAUGGCGGCGCUGACAGCAGUCAUGCAGACGAACCGGUCCGGUUCUUUAUCAUCGUCCAAAAAACGAACCGGAACGGUGUUAAUGAGGCGGUUCAAGCUUUUGGACCAUAGCGUCCUUUUAUUGCUGUCGUUAGCCUCCGUGCUGCAUUGUGCUUUGGCUGACGGUAAGACGUUGGUGCUGCUGGACAACCUCAACAUCAAAGACACCCAUUCAAUCUUCUUCCGCAGUCUGGCAGACCGUGGAUUUGACCUCACCUUCAAGACCGCUGAUGAUCCCUCCCUGUCGCUGAUCAAAUAUGGCCAGUUCCUGUAUGACCACUUAAUUAUCUUCUCACCAUCAGUUGAAGACUUUGGUGGAAAUAUAAAUGUGGAGACUAUUACAUCCUUCAUUGACGGUGGGGGCAAUGUCCUGGUUGCUGCAAGUUCAGACAUCGGCGACCCUCUGAGGGAGCUGGGCAGUGAGUGUGGCAUUGAGUUUGACGAGGAAAAGACUGCCGUCAUUGAUCAUCACAACUAUGAUGUGUCUGAUCCUGGAGAGCAUACCCUGAUUGUCGCUGACCCAGAGAACCUGCUGAAAGCUCCCACUAUUGUCGGCAAACCCACCAAGAAACCUGUUUUAUUCAAGGGUGUCGGCAUGGUGGCAGACCCAGACAACCCUCUUGUCCUGGACAUCCUUACUGGGUCCUCCACCUCCUACUCCUUUUUCCCUGACAGACCCAUCUCACAGUACCCCCACGCUGUUGGCAAGAACACCCUGCUGAUCGCUGGGCUCCAGGCUCGAAACAAUGCCAGAGUGGUGUUUAGUGGCUCCUUGGACUUCUUCAGCGAUGCCUUCUUCAACUCUGCAGUGCAGAAAGCCACACCAGGUUCACAGAGGCACGAGCGGACAGGGAACAUGGAGCUGGCCGAGGCUCUGUCUCGCUGGGUGUUCAAGGAGGCUGGAGUCCUCAGAGUGGGAGCUGUUACCCAUCAUCGCGUGGGGGAGACCGACGCCCCCACAGCAUACACCAUCACCGACCUCGUGGAAUACAGCAUUGUCAUUGAGAUGUUGUCCGAGGGCCGUUGGAUCCCAUUCGACGGAGAUGAUAUCCAGCUUGAGUUUGUGAGGAUCGAUCCCUUCGUCCGGACUUAUCUCAAGAAAAAUGGAGGUAAAUACAGUGUCCAGUUCAAGCUGCCUGAUGUGUAUGGAGUCUUCCAGUUUAAAGUGGACUAUAACCGACUAGGAUAUACACAUCUCUACUCCUCCACUCAGGUAUCGGUGCGUCCUCUGCAGCACACCCAGUAUGAGCGCUUCAUCCCCUCAGCCUACCCAUACUAUGCCAGUGUCUUCUCCAUGAUGGCUGGACUCUUUGUCUUCAGCGUAGUUUUCCUCCACAUGAAAGAGAAGGAGAAGUCUGACUAAUACAGAAUGCCAGUGGGGAAGAGAAAAUAAGACUGGAAGUGAACUUGUGGUGUGAAGAGUGGAAAUGAAUGUCGUGAUGGCUUGAGUCUUCAUGCAGGGACUUGGACUGUUUCUGUUCUGUUAUUGGGGAACUCACUUUGUCGGGGUCUGAGGGCCAAAAGAGGCCCUGACUGUAAUGCAGUGGUUGUGGGAGGUUUUUUUACACUUUGGAAUCACUCAGUGGCCCUUGUCUGUUCAGAAGUCAGUCAGCGUUUGUUUAAAGUUGCUUUACAAUUGAUUAAAUAUUUCAAGUCAAACAUUUGCUUAGAAAUGGGGAAGAAAUUUACAAUAAAAUUUGACCUGCAUUGUUUUAUUUUUCAGCCAGAAAAGUUUAUUGUGGUAACUACAUGCACUGAUUAUGGCAACAACUCAUUUGUUUGUUUUUUUUUGAUAAGAUUAAUGUGUUUCCAAAUAAGUUGGAGUCAUCUUAAUAAAAUAUUGACAUUCCACUCAAUA